AUGUCGAUUCCGGAGACUUGCACAGUAUUGGUCGUCGGGGGUGGGCCAGCUGGCUCGUAUACAGCUUCCGUGCUGGCCCGCGAGGGUAUUGACACUGUGUUGCUGGAGGCAGACUCCUUCCCUAGAUACCAUAUUGGCGAGAGUCUGCUACCAUCGUCUAAAUACUUCCUUGAGUACAUCGAUUGUUACGAAAAGUUCGAGAAACACGGAUUUCUACACAAGAAUGGAGCUACCUUCAAAUUCAACUCCAGGAAACCCGGAUUCACCGAUUUCCUUGCGGCCGGUGGGGCUGGAAAUCACGCAUGGAACGUGGUUCGCUCCGAAGCAGAUAUGAUUCUCUUUGAGCAUGCAGGAGAAAGCGGUGCCAAAACCUUUGACAAGACGAAGGUAACGGCAGUUGAGUUUGAGCCCCAGCAUAGGGAUCUCGAGGGUGGUGAAGACAAGGGCUUAGGCCGACCAGUUUCUGCCUCCUGGUCGCAAGAGGGUGCUUCAGGAACCAUUCGAUUCAAGUACCUCGUCGAUGCAUCGGGACGGGCGGGUGUAGUAAGUACCAAAUACAUGAAGAACCGCAAGUACAACCAAGGGCUCAAGAGCAUUGCGACUUGGGGAUACUGGGAGUCAGCGGCCGUUCACGGCCCUGGCAAGGGUGACCCAUUCUUUGAGGCAAUUGAUGAUGGAAGCGGCUGGGCCUGGUACAUCCCGUUGCACGAUGGCACCGUUUCGGUUGGGAUUACCAUGAAGCAAGACCGCGUUGCUGCCAAAAAGAAGGCCUGCGGAGCAACAGGCACAUGGGACUUCUACCGACACAUUCUCUUCAAUGAAACCCCGGGCAUUGCAAAGCUCCUUGAGAAUGCACACGAGACAUCACGCAACCUCAAGACCGCAUCCGACUGGUCGUACAGUGCAACUGAAUACGCGAGCUCCCAUCUCCGUGUUGCCGGCGAUGCCGGCUGCUUUAUUGACCCGCUCUUCUCGUCCGGUGUCCAUCUUGCCAUGAACAGUGGGCUCUCGGCAGCUAUUACCAUCUGUGCAUCGCUGAGAGGCAAUUGCAGCGAGGAAAGCGCUGUGUCCUGGCACUCAAACAAGGUUGCUGAGGGUUAUACCCGCUUCCUGCUAGUCGUGACCAGCUCUCUUGAGCAGAUCUACGGUCGUGAGCAGAACAUCUUGAACGAUAUCGACGAACCUGGAUUCGACAACGCAUUUGAACAUUUCAAGCCAGUCAUCCAAGGCACCGUUGAAGUCGGUGGGAGACUCACCAAGGAGGAAGUCGCCCGAUCAGUUGACUUCUGCACCAAGGUUAUCGCUAAGGUGGAAGAAGGUGGCUGCCUUUCCACCUUGGCCUUGGAUAAGGAAGGACCUGGCAGCGAAGUGGGAGCUGCUGCUCCCGCCGGUUCUUCGCGUACUGAUAACAGGGUUGAUGAAGCGAUCAUGAAGAUUGUCCGAAUUCACCGUGUUCUGGAUCUGAAGAAUUUCACGGCCGAUGUGAUUAAUGGGAUGGCACCAAAUAUGGAUCGUGGCCACCUUGGUCUCGUUAUGGCGGCUAGCUGA